GUAUCUGGGAACCCAAGGAAAGGGGCAGGAAAGGAUAGAAGGAAUGCCUCUAAUGGGGCCUCACCGAACCUCAACCCCAGAUGCCCUUGCUGACAGGGUCACAGAGGGGCCACCACAGGCCUAGGGGGAGCGGAAGGGUGAGCCCAGCCCGCAGUUUUAGAAAGGACAGUGGGCAGGCUAGGACAACCAGCCAGGGGAAGGGGCCCAGCCCUUGCCCCACAGGCAGUAGGGAGGAUCCGCCACUGGAAUGGCUAACCUGCAGCCAAUCACAGUGCCCUGUAGGAAAUACCUAGGAGAGAUCCUUGUGCCUGGGGCGGGUGGGUCGAGCCCAACCCCAGCCCAGCACCAGGCAGCCAGCUCUGUCCCAGCACUACAUCCCAAGGAGGAGAAUCAAUCAGGAGGAGAUUUGAGCAGAGCAAAGCAGGCCACCUGAGUAUGGAGGUCCUGGCCCGACUCAUGCAGGGGCUGCUGCUGGCUGUGUUGGUGGUGAUCCCGACAGCUCAGCCUGGCCUUCUGCUGUCCAUGCUGUCUUCGUCAUCGGAUCAGGGCACUCUGGACCGGGAGGUGCUGGGCAGCCUGUUAAAUACGCUUGCGGCCCGUGUGCACUGCCUUGACGGGCCGUGUGGAAAGUGCCUGUCUAUGGAGGCAGUGCUGGCCCUGGGAGACCUCCAGUCUCCACAGCUCCCCCCAAGACUGGAGGUCAAACAUGUGGCCCGCUUCAGCGCUGCCAUUACCCUCUACCUCAGCAACCCAGAGCUCACCUGUAUGGACAUCGAGGAUGGCUUCUGGGCCACCCGUGCUGACAACCUCCUGGACCUGCUGGGUAAACCCAGCACCCUGACUUCAUGCCUGAAUGAGCUGCUGCAUAGAAUCCAGGACAAGGCAGCAGACCCACCCACUGAGGAGGCGGAAUGUGUGGACCUACACCAGUUGCUGGAGGAGGCAGUGAGGGCUGGGGCCCCUGGCAACCCUGGCCUGAUCCUGGCUGCACUGUUGGACCAUGCCAGGAAUGGGUCCUGCUUCCAGGCCCUGCCCACUCCCCAGUAUUUUGUGGACUUCGUGUUCAGGCAGUACAGUGGAAAUGCUUCCAAUAUGACACUGGCUGAGCUGGAAGUCUUGAUGCAGCACCUGGGGAUAGGUGGAGAGGCAGAGAGCUAUGAUGGCCAUGACAGUGACCACAGCCAUGGUCAUGACCACCAAGACCGUGACAGCCAGGACAAACACCAUAAGCAUGAGCAUGAGAACGAGCACGCCCAUCACCACCAGGAAUACCAUGGUUCCCUGAGGAAGAAGAUGAAGCGACACAGGGAUGUGCCCUACUUCACCCCCAACGGCAGUUCCAACGUGUGGGAUACAUUGUGCCUGAGUGCCAGGGACCUGAUGACUGUGUAUAAGAUCUCUGAGCAAGCUGGGGUGAGCCCUGAGGAUUGGGCAAAGCUGAGCCCUGCCCUGCUCCAACAACAACUGAGUGGUGCCUGCAGCCUGCCACACAGGGUCUCCAUGGAGGGCCGGCUCAGCCAGGCAGAGCAGUACCUCUACGGCUCGCUGGCCACACUGCUCAUCUGCUUCUCUGCAUUGUUCGGUCUUCUGCUUCUGACCUGCUCAAGCUGUAGCACUGCAACCCACUAUGUCCUCCAGACCUUUCUGGGCAUGGCUGUGGGGGCACUCACUGGAGACGCCUUCCUGCACUUGAUGCCCAAGGUGCUCGGGCUGCACGUGCACACCGUGGAGGACCACAGCCACCAUGAUGACAACUCACAACCCACCUGGCGCCUCCUGGCCAUGCUUGGUGGUCUCUAUGUCUUCUUCCUGUUUGAGAAUUUGUUCAAUCUCUUGCUGCCUGUGGAUGCUGAGGAGGACCCAAAGGACGAGUCCUACAACCAUAGUGGGCACAGCCACAGUGUGUCUCUGCAGCUAUCGCCCAGCGAGAUCCGGGUGUCUAAACAACUUCAUGAGGGUUCCCAUGCAGAUCUGGUGUCAGAGGAAAACCCAGAGCUGCUGAACGCAGCACCUCCCAAACUGAGCUCAGAGCUGAGGCUGCUACCCUACAUGAUCACAGUGGGUGACGCGGUGCACAACUUCGCAGACGGGCUGGCCAUCGGCGCCGCCUUCUCGUCCUCUUGGAAGACCGGGCUGGCCACCUCACUGGCUGUGUUCUGCCAUGAGGUGCCCCAUGAGCUGGGAGACUUCGCGGCCCUGCUCCACGUGGGGCUGUCUGUGCGCCGCGCCCUGCUCCUGAACUUGGUCUCGGCGCUCACCGCCUUCACCGGCCUUUACUUGGCGCUCGCGGUUGGUGUCAACGUAGAUGGCGAGUCGUGGAUCCUGGCCAUAGCCACUGGUCUCUUCCUCUACGUAGCGCUCUGCGACAUGCUUCCUGCCAUGCUGAAUGCCCGGGACUCGAGACCUUGGCUCCUCUUCCUUCUGCACAACGUAGGCCUGCUGGGCGGCUGGAUAAUCCUGCUGUUGCUGUCGUUGUAUGAGGACAACAUCAUCCUCUGAGAGUUCCUUGAGCCUUGAUCCUGCCUCCUGACCCGGUGCUAGCUUAGCUCUUCAGACCUAGCAGCGGUUCCUGAUCCUGCAACCCUGAGCCUAAAGCCUCUGUGAUUUGAGCCCGGAACCUCCUUCCUGCAACAAACCCCGCCCCACACCCUGUUGCAAUAAAAACAUUCCUGUCCUUGGA